UCUCUCUCGGCAAUGGAUUUGAUUCAUAAGUUCCUAAACCUAGUUCUUCCCCCUGCGGCACUCAUUGCUAUACUCGUCUUUCUGCCGCCAUUUCUCAUCUACAAGCUCUUUAAGCACUUCACAAAUUUAUUCAAACCGACCGAAAACUUGGCCGGAAAAGUUGUCCUCAUAACCGGCGGCUCCUCGGGGAUUGGUGAGCAUUUGGCUUAUGAGUAUGCAAGGAGAGGUGCUAGUCUAGCGCUGGUGGCGAGAAGAGAGGAGCGGCUUAAGGCGGUGGCCACCAAAGCCGUCGGUUUGGGAUCACCCGACGCCAUAGUGAUUUGUGCUGAUGUGUCAGAAGUUGAAGACUGCAAGAGGCUAGUUGAUGAGACAAUGGAUCACUUUGGACAAUUGGAUCAUUUGGUGAACAAUGCUGGGGUUCUACAAGUUAGCUUGUUCGAAGAUUCCACUCAAUUAUCUGCUAUCCGCUCAAUUAUGGACAUAAACUUUUGGGGUUCGGUAUAUUGCACUCAAUUUGCAGUUCCACACCUAAGAAAAGCCAAAGGAAAGAUUGUUGUUACUUCUUCAUCUGGUGCCUGGUAUUCUCCUCCGAGAUUGAGUGUCUACAACGCUAGUAAGGCAGCCCAAAUAAGCUUUUUUGAGACAUUGAAGUCUGAAUAUGGCUCUGAUGUUGGAAUAACAAUUGUUACUCCUGGCCUGGUUGAGUCAGAAAUGACAGGUGACCAAUUUUGGUCAAAGUCUGGAAUUAAAGGCAUCCCAGUUGAGUCAGCAGAAGGGUGUGCAAAGGCAAUUGUGGACAGUGCUUGUAGAGGAGACAUGUAUUUGACAGAGCCAUCUUGGUGCAAAGUGGGAUUUUGGUUUAAGGUGAUUUGGCCUCAAUUAGUGCAGAAAUGUUUCCACUUAACAUUAGUCCAUAGGCCAUGGACACCUUCAAGCAAAGAUGCUUAAUCAAGUGUUUUCUAA